CGUCCUAAAUCCCUUGUUCUCUCCCCUGAUUGGCCUAAACAGAAAGGACAAUUCAGUCAAAUUAGAUAUGUAGAAAAUCAAAGCCCAAUUUUACAACAACCACCGCUCCGUGCCAGCGACCAGCGUAGAAGCUUAGGUGAAAAUUGAGAGAGAGGACCAAGCUCUCACUCACUCGCUCUCUUUUUCUCUCUCUGAAAUCUUGGACCGUCUGGUAGUGGAGGUCCUCCUUUCUCUUCCCUCUCGCACAUUCUUGAAUUCAAUUACUGAGCUGUUUCUCUGUGAGGAGGACAGUUAGUUUCUUCGGCCGGUCUCCGCUUCUCUCAACGGUUUUGACCUUUUUUUUCACGGUGGAGCGGCUUCUCGGAGCUCGGAAAUGACGAGAAUGCCACCGCUGGUGCUGAGCUCGGCGCCGAUGGAGGUCGCGGCGUUGGUGCUUAGCUGGUGGGACGAUAUUAACGAGUCGACUCAGUGGCAGGACGGCAUCUUCUACUUCCUCUGCGCCGCCUACGCUCUCGUCUCCUCCGUCGCUCUGUUUCAACUAAUAAGGAUUGAAUUGAGAGUGCCGGAAUACGGUUGGACUACGCAGAAGGUGUUCCAUCUUAUGAAUUUUAUUGUCAAUGGAGUGCGCGCAAUUGUGUUUGGAUUUCACACACAAGUGUUUCUAUUGCAACCCAGGGUAUUAAUAUUGGUCUUGUUGGAUCUUCCUGGACUGCUGUUCUUCUCAACGUACACACUUCUUGUCCUCUUUUGGGCAGAGAUAUAUCACCAGGCAAGAAGUUUACCAACAGAUAAGCUCAGGAUUGUUUAUAUUUCAGUCAAUGCUGGAAUGUACUUCGUACAGAUUUGCCUCUGGAUAUACCUCUGGUUUGAUGACAACAGCGUUGUGGAGUUCAUUGGAAAGAUAUUUAUUGCAGCUGUUUCAUUUGUGGCUGCACUAGGUUUCUUAGUCUAUGGAGGAAGGUUAUUUUUCAUGCUGAGACGUUUCCCAAUUGAAUCUAAAGGGAGAAGGAAGAAACUUCAUGAGGUUGGAUCUGUUACAGCCAUAUGUUUCACCUGCUUUCUCAUAAGAUGCUUUGUGGAUGUGUUGUCCGCUGUCGAUGAAGAUGCAACACUUGAUGUUUUGGAUCAUCCUAUUUUGAAUGUGAUAUACUACAUGCUGGUUGAGAUCCUGCCCUCAGCCUUGGUCCUCUAUAUCUUGCGCAAAUUGCCUCCCAAGAGGGUAUCAGCUCAGUAUCAUCCAAUACGUUAGCUCAGCUCAGUAUCUACAUUCUUUGUGGUUUUUUUGGCCCCGUUAUUAUUCUUUAUGGAUUGGAGGUUUGAUGCUAAGAAAAAUGAGCAAGAUGAGGAAAGCCAGAUAAAACAAUCCAGAUGUAGUAUUCUGGUGCUGCCGGCAUAUUUUUUGUUUAGAUGUAUGUAUAUUACACAGCUCUCUGCAGCUUUGCCAAGGAAGACUGUUCAAUUUAAAUCCAUGGUGAUUUUGACAGUUACAGGUUCUCUGAUCAUGUUUCAAAAGG